UGUGUACAGGUCGUUAAAAGAUACAAGUGGCGGGAAACGUGACAUGCAUGAAGUUCAUUGUGAAUUACACGCGCAUUAUAUAGAAGUAAUUAUCGUAGAGGACAGAAUGUCGAUCCUCUAUAAUAGUGUAUUGUCAUUAAUGACGUGUGAGUCAGUUUAAUAAAUUUAAAAAGUGACAUCAGUGAAAUUAACUAGUCUUUCUAGUCCUCAUUUUUUCAAUAUCUCUUCUAUGCAAUGGAAAACUACGAGAAGAUAAAAAUUAUUGGCAGAGGAACCUUUGGUGUUGUCUAUUUGUUCAAAAAUAUAUCAGAUGGAAAACUGGUUGUUAUCAAGCAAAUAUGUGUUCAACAAAUUACUGAUGAAGAAAAACUCUCUACUGAUGAUGAAGUUAAGGUUUUAUCAAUGUUACAUCAUCCACUCAUAAUUGAAUAUUACACCAGUUUCAUUGAAGAUGAAACUCUAUCCAUUGUUAUGGAAUAUGCUGCAGGUGGAACACUUGGAGCCUUUCUACGAGGAAGAAACAAGGCUCUGGAAGAAGAGGAUGUGUUGAAUUUAUUUUGUCAAAUUCUGCUUGGUCUGGAACAUGUACAUUCUAAAGAUAUUGUUCACCGUGACCUCACUACUGAUAACAUAUUUCUUACAAAAAAUUAUAAAAUGAUUAAAAUUGGAGAUUUUGGAAUAUCAAAAAUAUUGGCCAGCAAGUCCAAAGCAAAUACUGUUGUGGGUACUCCAUGCUACAUGUCACCAGAAUUAUGUCAAGGAAGACCCUAUAACAAUAAAAGUGAUAUUUGGGCAUUAGGAUGUGUAUUAUAUGAAAUGCUCACUUUGAAAAGAGCAUUUGAAGCACCGACACUUCCCAACUUGGUUUUGAAGAUUAUGGAGGGAGCAUUUCAACCCAUUGAACAUCACAUAUAUGAUGUUGAGAUUUACAAAUUGAUGAAUUUAAUGCUUCAUUUAAAGCCGGAGUUCCGUCCAUCUGUGUCAAAAAUUAGAGUGCAUCCCAUUAUUUUACAACCUUUGUAUUCAUUAUUUGUAAACUUAGGUAAUAUUACUUAGUUUCAAAGUUUUUCUAGUAUAAUA